AUGGCAAUCCAUCUACCAUCUGGAUGCCACAUGCAGGCCUACGCAGACGAUGUGGUACUCGUGGUCACCGCCGAAAAUGUCAAUCGCCUAGAGGAGCUCACCGACACGGUUCUCCAACAGAUAGUGAAUUGGGGAAAAAGCGUCAAGCUCGAAUUCGGGGCCUUCAAAACACAACUGAUCGCCUUCACCCCCAAGGCCAGAACUCUUAGGGUGGAGAUGGACGGUCAAAUCUUAAAAACCUGUAAGGAGAUCAAGCUCCUCGGAAUAAUUUUGGACGAAAAGCUGCUCUUUGGCCGCCAUGUACAGUACGUCCUGGGAAAAGCCUCGCGAAUAUUCAACAAACUGUGCUUGUACUCCCGACCAACCUGGGGUGCUCAUCCCGAGAACGUGCGCACCAUCUAUCUCCGAGUCAUCGAGCCAAUCGUCACCUACGCUGCCGGGGUGUGGGGACACAUAGUAAACAAGCGCUACAUCAAAAAAUCUUUGAUGAGCAUGCAGCGUGGUUUUGCCCUAAAAGCCAUCAGAGGAUUCCGCACUAUUUCAACCUCCGCUGCUCUGGCUCUCGCACAAUUCACCCCUCUAGACCUAAAAAUCCGAGAAGUACACCAAAUCGAAAAAGUCAGGCUCACUGGGAAAACUGAAUUCCUUCCCAAUGACAUUUCUUAUGAGAAACCUGUCCCCGUCAAGGACCUCCUACAUCCCGCUAGAAGGCCGACUAUCAAACCCAUACCCUCCUCUGAACACCGAAUUAACUCCGAAAUGACGGACAGUACUCUGGUCACUCGCGUAUUCACUGACGGAAGUAAGCAGGACGAUGGAUCAGUUGGAGCCGCAUUCGUGCUUUACAGACCCGGCGACACUGAAACAUCCGUAACAAAAAAGUACAAAUUACACAGUAGCUGCACAGUCUUCCAGGCAGAGCUGUACGCCAUCUGGAAAGCCUGUCAGUGGAUUGUAAGCGAAAAUCAUCCCCACACAUACAUCUUCACCGAUUCUCUCUCAUCAAUAUACGCGAUAAAUAACAGAAGCAACACACACCCCAUCAUAGUGAACAUACACAAACUCAUACACGCUAACCACACUACACACAAAAUUUACAUAGAUUGGGUAAAGGGACACUCGGGUGUCAUAGGAAACGAGGAAGCCGAUGCGGCUGCCAACAGCGGCGCACGCAUGCACAAGGCCCCCGACUACUCGCAGUUCUCAAUAUCCUACGUGAAACACAAGAUUCGCACAGAACACCACGCCAUCUGGCAAGCCAGAUACGAAAGCUCCCCGCAGGGCUCACACACAAAAACACUACUACCAAAACUGAACGACAUCAAAGAACUUAACAAAUGCACACAAACAAACUUUCAGCAUACACAAAUACUCACAGGCCAUGGAUAUCACAAGACAUACUUACAUCGCUUCAAAAUAGCACCAGAUGACACCUGCCCCUGCGACGGCACCUCCAGCCAAACUGUAGAACACCUCCUUAAAAACUGCCAAGCGUUCGCUGCGAAAAGGCACAGUCACGAAGAAACGUGCCACGCAGUACAGGUGCCACCAUAUAAUUUACCUGAAAUGUUAAAAAAGAAAGCUGCAAUCAACUCUUUCACCUCGUUUUGCCAAACAAUAAUCAACAACAUCAAGAAAAUAAAUGAAAACAAUUAG